AUGCAGGGGCCUCGGGUGCACGUGGCUCGGGCUCUCAGCUGGCUCUGCCCACAUCCCACUCACUCUCUGGAGAUGCAAACAGACCACAAAUCUCCAGUCCUGACAUUCAGGGGGCUGCUCUGCCCUUUCCAGACCUGCUUCAUCUGCUGCAAGAUGGGGGCCACCAUCACCUGCUGCCAGACGGGCUGCGACCGCACCUUCCACCUGCCCUGUGCCCCAGACGGACAAUGCGUCACCCAGUACUUCGGGGCCUACAGGUCCUUCUGCUGGGAGCACCGCCCACAGCAGGCACUGCGGCCACGUCCAAGCCAGGACAACACCUGCACCAUCUGCCUGGACACGGUGGAAGACAACAUCUCCUACAAAACCAUGGCGUGUCCCGCCUGCCAAGACGCCCGCUUCCACCGGCACUGCAUCCAGAGACUGGCUCUGCACGCUGGCAUUGACUUCCGAUGCCCGCGUUGCCUCAAACAAGAGCCGUUCAUGACGGAAAUGCUCACCAUGGGGAUCCGACUCUCUAAGAGACCCCCAUCAUGGCAGAGUGACCCAGAGGUCGGACCCUCAGGUCAGAGGCAUGGCCGCUGCGAUGCCUCAACGUGUCUUUGUCCAGGAGGCAGGGAGCACACCGAGGCACACGGACCCUGGCAACUGCGGCUCUGCAGCUCCUGCGCUGCUGAGGGCAUCCACCAACUCUGCUCCUCUUUGGGGAACAGCACCUGCUCCUGGGAGUGCAGCACCUGUGCUGCCACCGACACUGGUAGGCAACAAAGCAUUCAGCACUAUGCAAUAGACACAGGCACCACGAUGGGCCUGCCACCAGGGCCCUCGGCACAGCUUGGCUCCAGGAGGCCACUGGAUACCACAGCGGCCUCUCCUGCCUGCAGCCUGGGGACUGUCCUUACAACCUUCCUUCUGCCUGCACCUCUUUGCAGGUUCCACUGGCAAAUCAGACCUUGUGGACCCCAACACCUCGAGCACAGAACUGCUGACACUGUCCCAGGACACGGUGCUCCUCAAGAGCAGCUGCUCCACAAGCCCUCAGCAGGCCUUAAAACAUGGCGACACUGA